UUCCAGCGAGCGAGCACCCGGCGCGGCCUCCGAGAAGCCUAAGGGCAGUCUUGGGCAGCUCCCCAGAGGUUCUCGCGGUGAUAAAACUUGAGAAAAAACGAGGAGGAGCGGCUCGGCGUCUCCCGAGUCCAAUCCUGUCUCAGGAGUGAAAACGCCCUCCGGCACGCAAACCUGAAAAAGUCCCGGGCGACGUAACGAGCAGCUGAAAGAAGUGCACCUCCGCGCCGCCGCACCUCAGCGGGCUCUGGUCUCUUACGUCCCGCCCGGUGCCUGCGUCUUCCUCUCCGGCCCCGCACCCCGAUGGCUGCCGCCGGGCCCCAGAGCUCCCUGCGCGGAGCACUCUGCAGGCAGCUACUGCUGACCCUUGUGGUCUUCAGUUUUGCUUGUGAAGCUUGCAAAAAGGUGAUAUUUCAUAUACCUUCCAAACUAGAGGCAGACAAAGUGGUUGGCAGAGUUAAUUUGAAAGAGUGCCUCGGAUCUGCAGACCACAUCCAAUCCAGUGAUCCUGAUUUCAGAGUUCUAGAAGAUGGAUCAGUAUACACAGCCCAUGCUGUUGCGUUGUCUGAUGAGAAAAGAUCUUUCACCAUAUGGCUUUCUGACUCAAAGAAACAGACACAGAAAGAGAUUCCUGUGCUCCUGGAACAUCAGAAGAAGGUACUGAGGAAGAGACACACUAAAGAGACUGUUCUCAGGCGUUCCAAGAGGAGAUGGGCGCCUAUCCCCUGCUCAAUGCAAGAGAAUUCCUUGGGCCCUUUCCCUUUGUUCCUUCAACAGGUUCAAUCUGACGCGGCACAGAACUAUACCGUCUUCUACUCAAUAAGUGGGCGUGGAGUUGACCAAGAACCUUUAAAUCUGUUUUUCAUAGAAAGAGACACUGGAAAUCUGUAUUGUACCCGGCCUGUGGAUCGUGAAGAAUAUGAUGUUUUUGAUCUGAUUGCCCAUGCGUCAACUGCAGAUGGGUAUUCAGCAGACUUACCUCUUCCACUGCCCAUCAGAGUGGAGGAUGAAAACGACAACUACCCUAUUUUCACAGAAGCAAUUUAUAAUUUUGAAGUUCCAGAAAGCAGUAAAAUUGGUACUACAGUGGGAGUGAUUUAUGCCACAGACAGAGACGAACCAGACACAAUGCAUACGCGCCUGAUGUAUAGCAUUUUGGAGCAGACGCCAGGAAAACCUGGGAUCUUUUCUGUGCAUCCCAGCACAGGUGUAAUCACAACAGUCUCUCAUUAUUUGGACAGAGAGGUUGUACACAAGUACUCAUUGAUAAUGAAAGUGCAAGACAUGAAUGGUCAAUUUUUUGGAUUGAUGAAUACAGCAACUUGCAUCAUAACAGUAAAAGAUUCGAAUGACAAUCUACCCACUUUCAGACGAAAUGCUUAUGAAGCAUCAGUAGAGGAAAAUACGUUCGAUGUGGAAAUCUUACGAAUACCUAUAGAAGAUAAGGAUUUAAUUAACACUGCCAAUUGGAGAGCCAAUUUUACUAUUUUAAAGGGCAAUGAAAAUGGACAUUUCAAAAUCAGUACAGACAAAGAAACUAAUGAAGGUGUUCUCUGUGUUGUAAAGCCACUGAAUUAUGAAGAAAACCGUCAAGUGAUCCUGGAAAUUGGAGUAGGCAAUGAAGCUCCAUUUACUGGAGAUGUGACACUCAGAAUGACAAACAUGAACAGAGCCGUGGUCACAGUUCAUGUGGAGGAUCAGGAUGAAGGGCCUGAAUGCAGACCUGCAGUCCAAUAUGUACAGAUUAAAGAAAACUCCCCAGUGGGUUCAAAGAUCAAUGGAUAUGAGGCAUAUGACCCUGAAAGUAGAAGUAGCAGUGGUUUAAGGUACAAAUUAUUGCAUGACCCGAAAGGGUGGAUCACCAUUGAUGAAAUUUCGGGCUCACUCGAAACUUCCAAAAUCUUAGACAGGGAGGCUGUAACUCCCGGAAGUGCCUUAUAUAAUAAUGUUACAGUCCUGGCAAUAGAUAAAGAUGGUAGAUCAUGUACUGGAACCAUUGCAGUUAAAAUUGAAGAUGAGAAUGAUAAUCCACCAGAAAUACUUCAAAAUUAUCUAGUAAUUUGCAAACCAAAGAUGGAGUAUGUUGACAUUUCAGCUGUUGAUCCUGACGAGCCCAUCCACGGCGCUCCAUUUCACUUCAGCUUGGCAAAAACUUCUCCAGAAAUCAACAGACUAUGGACCCUUGCCAAAGUUAAUGAUACAGCUGCCCAUCUUUCAUAUCGGAAAGAUGCCAAAUUUCAAGAAUAUUAUAUUUCCAUUACUGUAAAAGAUGGAGAAGGUCAAUCUGCAACAAAAACCUUGAGAGUGAACCUCUGUGAUUGUACUCAUCCAGAUCAAUGUCGCGUGACUGCAGGAGCGAUACUUGGCAAAUGGGCGAUCCUCGCGAUACUUCUGGGUAUAGCAUUGCUUUUCUCUAUAUUGCUAACUGUAGUAUGUGGACUUGUUAGUGCCAGAAAUAAAAAAAGUUUUCCUGAAGAUUUGGCACAGCAAAACUUAAUCAUCUCAAACACAGAAGCACCUGGAGAUGAUAAAGUGUGUUCUGCCAAUGGCUUUACGACCGAUACAGUCAACAACUCUAGCCAAGGCUUUUGUGGUACUAUGGGAUCAGAAGUCAAAAAUGGCAGGCAGGAAACCAUUGAAAUGGUAAAAGGAGGAAACCAGACCUUGGAAUUGUGCCAGGGGGCCGGGCAUCAUCACACCCUGGAUUCCUGCAGAGGAGGCACUGUGGAGAUGGACCACUCGGAGUGGUACAAUUUCACUCAGCCCCGCCUUGGUGAAGAAUCCAUUAGAGGACACACUGGUUAAAAAUUAAACAGAAAAGAAACUGCAUCUAUGUAAUCAGGAUGAAGACCACAUGCCGUCUCAAGAUUAUGUUCUUACGUAUAACUAUGAAGGAAGAGGGUCUCCAGCUGGUUCUGUAGGUUGCUGCAGUGAAAAACAGGAAGAGGAUGGCCUUGACUUUUUAAAUAAUUUGGAAACCAAAUUUACUGCCUUAGCAGAAACAUGCACAAAGAAAUAAUGUUACAGUGCUACAAUUAGACAUAUCUUUGUCAGACAUUCUGGAGGUUUCUGAAAGGGAUAUUGUAAAAUUUAAUUUAUAUCUAGAUAUAUAUGAAUAUGAAUACCUAUGAAUUUUUCUAAAAUUUUUGAAUUAUGCUACAUACCAAUUUCUACUUUAAAACAGUUUGUUACUUAUCUUUUCAGGAAGUUUAAAAUGUUAAAACAGAUUUUGCCUCUUUUACUGCUGAGUAAACAGACAACCAGCAAAUCUCAUGCUAUAGCACUGGAAUUAAGGUCUAUAAAGGACCUCCUUUUCUUUGCAUAUGUUUUUCCAAUAAAUACAUUGGCUAAAUAUUAGUCCAACAAUAGAAGCUGUAUUUGACUGACUAUAGUAGAACAGCUCUCUGGGCUAGAAAUUCCAUCCUUAUUCCAGAUUUAGAUAAAAGUAGAAUAUUAAUCGUUAUGGUAAAUUAUGUUGGAUUUUUUAGCUCUAAAAAAUCAAUAGCACCUGGUCAUUUGCUCUGAAGGCUGCUAGAAUUUUGUUUUUCUUCUGGGUAGCAAUUAGAUUAUGAAGAGCAGUUCUAGAUACUAGAUUGCCCUAAUAAGGUCUCAAAAACACAGAGCCACAAUGUGAAAACUAGACCAGGAAAGUGUAGACCAAAAAAAAAAAAAAUUGUGUUGCUUUUAUACUUUUGAAAGUGUGUUUUAUGGUUUACAAAAGUCCUGUUAUGAGGAAUAUAUCUAAGUUUCCUUAAUCUCGAGAAAGAAAACUAUAUUCACCAUACAGAGCUAUUGCCAGUAUUUUAAUGUAAAGAUCUUCUGUUGAGAUUGUAAUCACAAGUCUUUUUCCUGAGAUUCAGAACUACCUUUGAUAACUUGCCAGUAAUGAGAAUUAUGCUGAGAAAAAGUUGCUUUUCUUCUCUUGAGAAUUAUACUUUCAUAUUCUCAUUUGCAAGUUUAGCACAUAUGGCUCUUUAUUUUCUCUCGACAGUAGUCAUUUGCAAUUAGAAUAUCUUAUCCUUAGAUGGACUGUAGUUACGCCAUUGAAUCAGUCUGAAGAAACAGACUCCCAUCGUAGUUACAGUAGCAAUGAGCAUUAACAUUCAUUUCUAUUCACUACCAUUUUCAAAUGAAAUACAUUAUUCCUUAUUAAAGCAGGUAAAUAUUACACAAUGCUAUAAUGAAUCAAAUGAAUAUAGGGAAACUUAAACCUUAGGUGCAAUUUAAUAUCUUCCAAGGUGUUGCUUAAAUUUUGUGCUUCUCAAAUUUGUUCACAUGCUACAGCCUCUGGAAGGCCUUGCAAAAUUCCCCAAAGCAAUGACGUUUAAACUUAAAAUAAUUAACAUCUAAUCUUAUGAUAAACCUAAUAGCACAUUAUUAUGUACUCACUUCAAAUGAUAGUUUAAAAAAUAGACAACAAAUAAUAGGUACCACUAGUUGAAGAAAA